CACACGGUGACGUAGUACGCAAGUGUCCGCAGCUCAAGGCCUGUCAGUGGACGGAAGCUCACAGUGAUCGAGCGCAGAGCUGGUGUCUUUAAGAGGGAAACAAGACGAACUCAGCAGACUCCUGAUCUCCGAGACACCGGUGCGGCUCUGAAGCGGCUCUAGAGCUGGCUGUGUCUCUGUUGAGAGGAUUUUUGAAGGGGAAGUUCUUCUUGAAUGCCCAAGACACAGUCAGUACGGUUUUCAGCAUGAACAGGAACAAGCGUGAGAAGGAAUAUUACAGCAUAGAUGUAGGAGACUCAACGUUUACCGUUUUGAAGCGCUAUCAGAAUCUGAGACCGAUCGGGUCUGGAGCACAAGGCAUCGUCUGCUCAGCGUAUGAUCACGUCCUCGAACGAAAUGUUGCGAUUAAGAAACUUAGCCGACCCUUUCAGAACCAAACCCACGCCAAACGAGCCUACAGAGAACUGGUCCUGAUGAAGUGUGUCAACCACAAAAAUAUAAUUGGCUUAUUACAUGUGUUCACGCCACAGAAGACACUUGAAGAGUUCCAGGAUGUGUAUCUGGUGAUGGAGCUGAUGGAUGCUAACCUGUGCCAGGUCAUUCAGAUGGAGCUGGACCACGAGAGACUCUCAUAUCUGCUUUAUCAGAUGCUCUGCGGCAUCAAACACCUACACGCUGCUGGCAUCAUACACCGGGAUCUGAAGCCCAGUAACAUAGUAGUGAAAUCGGACUGUACACUGAAGAUCCUGGACUUCGGUCUGGCCCGGACGGCUGCCACAGGUCUCCUCAUGACUCCGUACGUGGUGACACGGUACUACCGAGCGCCCGAGGUCAUUCUGGGCAUGGGUUACCAAGCCAAUGUGGAUAUUUGGGCUGUGGGCUGCAUUAUGGCAGAGAUGGUGCGGCACAAAAUCCUUUUUCCAGGGAGGGACUACAUUGACCAGUGGAACAAGGUGAUCGAGCAGCUGGGCACACCGUCUCAGGAGUUCCUGCUGAAGCUCAACCAGUCUGUGAGGACGUAUGUGGAGAACCGGCCUCGCUACGCUGGAUACAGCUUUGAGAAGCUCUUCCCUGACGUGCUGUUCCCCGCAGACUCCGACCACAACAAACUGAAGGCGAGCCAGGCGCGAGACUUGUUGUCCCAAAUGCUGGUGAUCGAUGCGUCUAAGCGGAUCUCGGUGGACGAGGCCCUCCAGCACCCCUACAUCAGCGUGUGGUUCGACCCGUCAGAAGUGGAAGCGCCACCGCCGGCCAUCAACGACAAACAGCUGGACGAGAGAGAACACACGGUGGACGAGUGGAAAGAGCUAAUAUAUAAGGAAGUGAUGGACUGGGAGGAACGAACGAAAAACGGGCUGAUCCGAGGACCGCCGGCUUCACUAGGUGCAGCAGUGAGCAAUGACUCCCAUGAGUCCUCCACAAACGACGUCUCGUCCAUGUCCACCGACACAGACAGCAGUCAGGAGACGAGCGCAGGACCGCUGCGCUGCUGCAGAUGACUAUCCUCCUCUUCCUCCUCCAUCAUCGUCAUCAUCAUCCGCUCCCUGCUUCC